AAGAUGGUUAUAAGUGAACCACCAUCUCGCAAUGUCCUCAUCUCACUAUUAUCCCUUCGUUGUGCACUCAGUGAUCAUUCAGAGCACCCAGGAUGUCUAUUAAAAUUAUUGGUUAUGAAACUCACGAUGUCCGCUUCCCUACAUCUCUAAGCGGUGAUGGUACAGACGCUAUGAAUACCGACUGCGACUACUCGUCUGCCUAUGUCACUCUCCGGACUUCGUCUGAUCUUGUCGGUCAUGGUAUGACCUUCACAAUUGGUCGAGGGAAUGACAUUGUGUGUGCCGCGAUCAAGGAAGUUGCUAAUCGCUUGGUCGGUAAGGAUGUCGAAGAAUUGUUCGCAAAUAUGGGGAAGACUUGGGACUACCUCUGCGCUGACCCGCAGUUGCGAUGAUUGCCGAGAUCGCCUGCCUCAGUCUUGAACUAGCCAGACUGACGAUUAUUUCUGUCUGUCUUCACCUGUAUACGGUCUGACGUUGUUAUUAUAUAGGAUCGGGCCGGAGAAAGGAGUCAUCCACAUUGCACUGGGUGCGGUAAAUAACGCUCUUUGGGACAUGUACGCACGGUCACGAAAGAAGCCGUUGUGGAAGCUCGUAGUUGAUAUGACUCCGGAAGAACUUGUCAACUCUGCCGCUUUCCGCUACAUCUCUGAUGCAAUUACCAAAGAGGAAGCUCUUGUCAUGCUGAAGGCCAAGGAGAGCACGAAAGCAGAGCGUGAAGCCAAAGUUCGAGAGGUUGGAUACCCCGCCUAUGUCACUUCUGCCGGUUGGCUAGGUUAUUCUGAUGAGAAAAUCGCUCGUCUAACCAAAGAAGCGAUCCAAGCUGGGUUUAAUCACUUCAAGAUGAAAGUGGGCGCCGACCUCGACAACGAUCUCAGACGAGGGAAAAUUAUCCGAUCCAUCAUCGAUGAUCCCCAGUAUCUUCCCGCAGGACACAAGCCAAGAGAUCCUAAUGGACCGGACUUGGUUGGAAAGAACGCCGGGCCUACCGGUAGCGUGCUCAUGAUCGAUGCAAACCAAGUAUGGGACGUCCCUCAGGCUAUCGAGUUCGUUAAGGGUCUUGAGGAAAUCAAGCCUUGGUUCAUCGAAGAGCCGACUGCGCCUGACGAUAUCCUCGGGCAUGCUGCGAUUCGCAGGGCACUCAAACCUUAUGGCAUCGGAGUCGCUACAGGGGAGCAUGCACAUAACCGGAUAGUUUUCAAACAGCUUCUCCAAGCCGAAGCUAUAGACGUCUGCCAGAUUGACUCAUGUCGUCUUGCGGGUGUCAGCGAAGUUCUAAGCGUCUUGCUCAUGGCAGCGAAGUUUGGUAUAACAGUAUGCCCGCAUGCGGGAGGCGUCGGCCUGUGUGAGUACGUCAUCCAUCUGAGCUUGAUUGACUACAUCGCAGUGUCGGGCUCAAUGGAACGGAACGUACUGGAGUUCGUUGAUCACCUUCACGAACACUUCAUCCAUCCGUGCUCGAUUAAUAAGAACGGACGAUACAACGUUCCUAAUCAUCCUGAUGAGGGAUAUAGCAUCGAGAUGCAUAGGUCGAGUAUCGAACAAUACGAAUGGCCUCAUGGAACAUACUGGGUGAACGAGCAUCCCAGGCUCAAGGCUCAGGCACAAGUCCAGUCUCAUUGAAACUCGGCGAAGUCACAAGUAGUAUCGGAACCCCUGCUCGCAUGACUCAGGCGAAUGGGGAUGACAAUGAACGAAGACUAAAGAUCCGGAAUAGGAAGAAAGAUGAAAGGACACAAUGUACUUUGGAUCAUUGACAUAACAGCGUUUUGUACUAUUAGCGCAUGCAAUAUCGGAACCCCUAUUCUCGGGAGUUCAAUUUCACCUGAGGGUUGUUUCGCUCCCUGGCUCGCCAAGAAAGAUAACUUCCCUGG